GAGAAAGGGCCGUCAAAAGGUGAACAUGUUUUUCGUUUUCUUGGUCGAUAGAAUGUGAGGGAAUUGUUUUCCCCCGUCUUUGCUGUAUCUCCAUCUCAUAGCCGAUUUCUGAAAUCAAUUUAUUUGUACUCCACGUUGUCAUAUAAUUGAUGCCGUUUUUAUGUGCAGAUUGUUCGAAGUUACCAAAUUAAAAGUUGUUCCGUACUAUAUAAAAAUAUCUUACAAAAAUAAUAUCAGAUUUGAAUGGAGCAUAUACACUGAUUUUCUAUUCCAUAUAUCAUGUAGAUAUGGCGCCGCAAGUAACAUGUUUCAAUGAUAUAACACCGGACCGCUUUAACUGGAAAGUGGUGGCUCGGGUCAUUCGACUUUGGAAAGUUCCUAGCAAGAUCGACCAAACUAUUAUUAAUAGUAUUGAUAUGAUCUUAGUCGAUGGGCAGGGAGGAAAAAUUCAUGCGUCUAUAAAAAAGACUCAAGUGAACAAUUUUUAUAAUAUUGUAAAAGAAGGUAAUACUUAUGUCUUUCAGAAUAUUUUGGUAGUUCCGAACGAUGGGAAGUACAGGGCUACUCGCAAUGCUCACAAGAUCAUAUUUAUAAAAACUACUCGGGUAACUAAUUGCAAAGUCGAGAAUAUUCCAGGCAUCACUUAUGACUUUACGAAUUUUCUUGACAUCAUUACUGACGGGGAUGACACAUGGCUUAUUGAUGUUAUUGGACAUGUUAUAGAAAGAGAUGAAGUGAAAGAUAUUAACAAAAGUGGACACAGCCACAAGAUACUAGAGAUCACUCUUCAAGACUUAUCGUGAGUAUUUUUAGAUUAUAUACAGUAAAUUCAAUUGAUGCUGAAUGGUUUCGUAUUUAUGAUCUUC